GGCGGCUCCCACUCCCGUGACACUAGUCCAAGCUGAGAUGCCCCUCGCACAGAUUGACGACAAGGGGACCUCCAUCUACUACGAGGACUCUGGCGCGCCGGAUGUUCACCGAAGAUACGCCACUAUCGUUCUCGUACAUGGUGCAUUAAUCAACUCAGGUACGCACACAGUCGAAUUUUAUGGGAGAUUCCUGAAAGGAGAACGCGUAGCCACUUUUCGGCGGAUGUUACCAUACGCCUCCAAAUAUGGCCUGCGCAUCAUCACUAUGAACUGUAGAGACUACCGCGGGUCUUCGCCGUACACCACAGAGGAAUUGGCAGAUCUCGCGAACUCCGAUCUCGACAUACAAGCAUCGGUAGUGCGUAGAUGGGGCCGAGAAGUCGCUCUCUUCCUUGCAUAUGUCUGCCGUACAUUGCGCAUCCCCGNUAUCGUCAGUGAGGGAGCUAGGAAAGAGGGCGGGCUGGUAUCGGUGACGUGGUCUUUAAGUGGCAUCACGGCCUUGUCCAUUCUAGGAGAUCCGCAGACUUUGGGAGACGGGCUGACAGCUGCUCUGGCUCCUUACCUACGCAAAGUCAUUCUCUACGGUGUGCACACCCAUGUCUUCAACGCAUAUCUGGCUGAACACUCGCCUUUCCCACAGACCCACCGAGUAUUGUAUAUGGCUUCACGCCCCGAGCUAAUGCAUGCCUCCCUUCACCCCUCGAAGAUCCUUCUGUACCUCCUGAAAAGAAGGUAGACGCGUUCAUCGACUGGGCUUCCGCCUAUUAUACUGCGGUACCAGACGGGCUCCCCAUUACAC